AUGGUUUUCUCCACUUACCUUCAAUCUUUCUCCAAAACACCACAAAAGCUAAAGAAAAGAAUGUUAGCUACAUGGACACCAGACCAAGAGCUUAACAAAGUGAGGCUAAGGUCUGGUGCUGACAUGAAAAGAAAACUAACAUGGUAUGAUUUAGUAGCUCUUGGAGUUGGAGGAAUGCUUGGUGUUGGAGUUUUUGUUACCACAGGUCCCGUUGCUCGUAAAACCUCAGGCCCUUCUGUUUUCAUCUCAUAUAUAAUAGCUGCUAUAUCAGCACUUCUUUCAUCCUUGUGCUAUACUGAGUUCUCCGUUGACGUCCCUGUUGCUGGAGGUGCUUUCAGUUAUCUUCGCGUUACCUUUGGAGAAUUUGUUGGAUAUUUUGCAGGAGCAAAUAUAUUAAUGGAAUAUGUGUUGUCAAAUGCUGCUGUGUCAAGAAGUUUUACGGAGUAUUUGUCUUGUGCGUUUGGUAGGAAUGACCCAAACUCAUGGAGAGUUCAUGUACAUGGUUUAAUGGAUGGUUACAACAUGUUGGAUUUCUCAGCUGUUGCAUUGAUUAUUGUCCUCACUAUUUGCUUGUGUCAUAGCACUAAGGAAAGCUCAAUGUUGAACCUGGUAAUGACAAUGUUCCAUGUGGUAUUCUUUGGAUUUAUAAUCAUAGCUGGCUUUUGCAAUGGGAGAGUUGAAAACUUAGUAAAGCCAGGAGGAAUAGCUCCAUAUGGUGUUAGAGGAAUUCUUGAUGGAGCAGCAAUAGUUUAUUUUAGCUAUAUUGGAUAUGAUACAGUCUCAACAAUGGCUGAAGAAAUAAGAAACCCUUCAAAGACUCUACCAGUUGGAAUUGUUGGCUCAGUCCUCAUUGUCUCUGCCCUCUAUUGUCUCAUGGCAUUAUCUUUGUGCCUUUUGGUACCUUAUAACAUGAUCCCAGAAGGAGCAUCAUUUUCAGCAGUUUUUCAGCAAAUGGGAUGGAAGUGGGCAAGCAAUGUAGUAGGGGCUGGUGCAUGUUUGGGGAUUGUGGCAUCUCUAUUAGUAGCCAUGCUUGGGCAAGCAAGGUACCUUUGUGUCAUUGGGAGGGCUAGGCUUGUGCCUUCUUGGUUUGCCCAAGCACAUCCUACAACAGGCACUCCACUUAAUGCUACUAUCGUUUUAGGUAUAUGCCAAGCAUCAAUUGCACUAUUCACAGAACUUGAUAUUGUGAUAGAGAUGAUUUCCAUUGGCACAUUACUAGUAUUCUACUUAGUAUCCAAUGCACUUAUAUUCCGUCGAUAUGUCAUCCUUAGCAAAAAUCCACCACUUCACACUCUCUUCUUCCUCUUUCUCCUUUCAUGCACCUCAUUUGCAUUCUCUUUAGCAUGGAAACUCAAAUUACAAUGGUGGAAUCUCCUCUUAAUCGCUACCCUUACAAUUUCUAUGACAGUCAUUUUCCAGUAUUUGGUUCCUCUCGUCGUCGUUCGACGACCAGAUAGUUGGUUGGUUCCUUUCAUGCCAUGGCCUGCUACAAUAUCCAUUUUCCUUAAUGUUUUUCUUAUGACAACUUUGAAAAUGGUGGCAUACAAAAGAUUUGGAAUAUGGGCUGGUUUUAUAACAAUAUUUUAUGUAAUUUAUGGUGUCCACUCAACAUAUCGUGCAGAAGAAAUAAUGGAGAUGGUAGUUGUUGAUAAUAAUGUGAACACUCAACAAACUGCUAAGGUUGAAAUCCAAGUUCUUUAAUGCAAGGUGCAUGUGAUAUUUUAUUUGGCAACUGCAGUAAUAAUGUUGCUGAAGCCAAAGCAAUAUUAAUAGAAACUACUCCUUUCAUUACUGUUACAGAAAAGAAAAUAUGAUCAACUUGCAAACUGGCAAACUAGGGUGAGAUGAUCAAGAAGGAAACUUUUACAUAGUAGUUUGGAAAAUUGUAUAUCCAUAUACCUUUUUCUCAUAUUUUUUUCUUGUUUGACUUUCUUGUCAUCAAUU